AUGGGUCCUUAUUUUGUUGGUGUUCUCAUUCCGCUUAUGGUUACGCUUCUUAUUUGGAAUACAAAGAAGGGAAAAAAACGUGGUUUGACAGUUGAUGUUGGUGGUGAAACUGGCUAUGCAAUUCGGAACCAUCGGUUUACUUCCCCCGUGGAAACAGCAUGGGAAGGGGUCACGACUCUUGCAGAGCUUUUUGAGUAUUCAUGCAAUAAACAUACUAAUAAGAAGUUACUUGGGACUCGAAAACUAAUUUCUAGAGAGAUGGAAACAUCUGGAGAUGGAAGGUCUUUUGAGAAGCUUCAUUUAGGUGAUUACGAGUGGCAAAGCUAUGGCCAAGUCUUUGAAUCAGUGUGCAACUUUGCCUCUGGUUUAGUGCAACUUGGGCAUCAAAGGGGGGAACGUGCAGCAAUCUUUGCCGAUACACGUGAAGAAUGGCUUAUUGCACUUCAGGGAUGUUUCAGGCGUAAUGUGACUGUUGUGACCAUAUAUGCAUCUCUGGGUGAAGAGGCCUUGUGUCACUCAUUUAAUGAGACAGAGGUUACGACUGUCAUUUGUGGGUACAAAGAACUGAAGAAACUAGCAAACAUAAGUGGACAGAUUGACACCAUAAAGCGUAUAAUUUGCAUGGAUGAAGAAUUCCAGUCAGAUAAUUCAUUGGUUUCUGUGAGCAGCAGCUGGACAAUCACUUCCUUCUCUGAUGUAGAGAGGCUCGGCCGUGAAAAUCCAGUUGACCCUGAUUUACCUCUUGCAGACGAUAUUUCUGUGAUAAUGUACACAAGUGGAAGUACUGGCUUGCCAAAGGGUGUUGUGAUGACACAUCGAAAUGUUUUAGCCACAGUAUCUGCUGUUAUGACGAUUGUUCCCAGACUUGGAAGCGAGGAUAUUUAUUUAGCAUACCUACCACUUGCUCACAUUCUUGAACUAGUAGCGGAGAAUUUAAUAGCAGCCAUUGGAUGUUCCAUAGGAUAUGGAUCUCCCUUGACUCUUACCGAUACAUCCAAUAAGAUAAAAAGGGGAACAAAAGGCGAUGCCUCGAUGUUAAGGCCCACAUUGAUGGCAGCUGUCCCUGCAAUUCUUGAUCGUGUUCGAGACGGUGUGCACAAAAAGGUAGAUUCUACAGGUGGACUAGCAAAAACAUUGUUUGAUUUGGCGUACUCCCGUCGACUGUCUGCAAUAAAUGGAAGUUGGUUUGGAGCAUGGGGCUUAGAGAGGCUUAUAUGGAACUUUCUUGUGUUUAGAAAAAUUCGAGCAAUUUUGGGUGGACGUAUCCGUUUCAUACUAUCUGGAGGCGCUCCACUUUCUGCUGAAACUCAACGAUUCAUCAAUAUAUGUCUUGGUGCUCCAAUAGGUCAAGGGUAUGGUCUUACUGAAACCUGUGCUGGUGGAACAUUUAGUGAAUAUGAUGAUACGUCCGUUGGUCGAGUUGGCCCUCCGCUACCUUGCUCGUUCAUCAAGUUGGUAGAUUGGCCAGAGGGUGGAUAUUUAAUUAGCGAUUCUCCAAUGCCGCGUGGAGAAAUAGUUGUUGGCGGACCAAAUGUCACCCUUGGAUAUUUCAAAAAUGAGGAGAAAACAAAGGAAGUGUACAAGGUUGAUGAGAAAGGAAUGAGGUGGUUCUACACGGGUGAUGUAGGGAGAUUCCAUGCUGAUGGUUGCCUUGAGAUUAUUGAUCGUAAGAAGGACAUCGUCAAACUUCAGCAUGGAGAAUAUGUUUCUCUAGGGAAGGUCGAGGCUGCUCUAAUUAUUAGCCCGUAUGUCGACAGUAUCAUGUUGCAUGCUGAUUCUUUUCAUAGUUACUGUGUGGCCUUAGUCGUAGCAUCGCAGGCUGCUGUUGAAGAAUGGGCUUCGAACUACAGAGUCGAAUAUUCUGAUUUUUUGGACUUGUGCCAGAAAGAAGAAACUGUAAAGGAAGUCUACACUUCGUUAAUUAAGGCUGCGAAGGGUGCACGAUUGGAGAAGUUUGAGAUUCCGGCAAAGAUCAAACUGCUUUCAGAAGCUUGGACUCCUGAAUCCGGUCUUGUCACCGCAGCUCUCAAGAUCAAGAGAGAGGUCGUUAGGAAAACGUUCUCUGAUGAACUUGCCAAGUUAUAUUCGUCGUGA